AUGGAGCGGCAGACGGUGUCGACGUCCUCCGCGUCCUGCUCCCCCUCCGCCGCCUCCUCAUCCUCUUCCUCGUCAUGCGGCGGACGGAAGCGGCCCGACAUACUCAACAUGAUCCGGAGUGCAGCAUGUCUGAAUUCAUCAUCUACUGAUACUGGCAAGGGGCGGAGUAAGCAAUCAAGCACCAAGGUGACACACGGAUUCCACCUGGUUGAAGGGAAAUCUGGCCAUGACAUGGAGGACUACCAUGUAGCAGAGUACAAGUGCGAUAAGAACCAUGAGCUUGGCCUCUUUGCCAUUUUCGACGGCCAUCUGGGGGACCGUGUGCCCAGUUACUUGAGAGCUAACCUUUUCUCCAACAUACUCAAAGAGCCUCUCUUCUGGACUGACCCUCAGGAAGCGAUUAAAAAUGCAUAUGGCUCUACAAACAAAUAUAUUCUGGAAAAUGCCAAGCAACUUGGGCCAGGCGGUUCAACAGCAGUUACUGCUAUUGUAGUUGAUGGCAAGGAUAUGUGGAUAGCAAACGUAGGCGACUCGAGGGCCGUUUUAUGUGAACGGGGUGCUGCUAAUCAGAUCACCGUGGACCAUGAACCCCAUAUAUCCAAUGAAAGGCAGAGGAUUGAACAGCAGGGUGGCUUUGUCACAACAUUUCCUGGCGAUGUCCCUCGCGUAAAUGGCCAACUCGCUGUCGCAAGGGCGUUCGGUGACCAUAGCCUCAAGACGCACUUGAGUUCGGAACCUGACAUUAGGCAUGUACCCAUAAACUCAAGUAUAGAGUUCGUCAUACUUGCCAGCGAUGGAUUAUGGAAGGGUGAUUCAUCUGUAUUUAGCAGCUCUGUUAUGUUCACAAACCAGUUCCUAAACCUGCACCUCUUUGCUGAAUUAAUCCAGGUGAUGAAGAACCAGGAAGCUGUGGACCUCGUGAAGUCGACAAAGGACCCCCAGGCAGCAGCAAAGCGGCUGACGACCGAGGCGCUCGCGAGGAAGAGCAAGGACGACAUCUCCUGCAUCGUCAUCCGCUUCCGCUGCUGA